AUGAGUGACUUUGGGAGGAGAGUGGCCAAAGUUCCAGGUCCAAAGUCAACCAACAGCCACAGUUUAAAGAUGAAGGACCCUAUCAGCACCUGCACUUAUAACCAGCUCUAUCAGAACGUGAAACGAUACUCAAAAAAUGGGGAAUACUUCUGCAAAGAGCUAAUGACAGUUUUUCAGCAAAGGGCUGAGCUGGAGCUUACUUACGCCAAAGGCCUGCAAAAACUCGCUGGCAAACUCAUCAGGGCCUCCAAAGGAAUGUCAAACAAUUCCACCUACAGCGCCUGGUGUCAUGUGUCAGAUGAGAUGUACUCAAGAGCAGACGCCCACAGAUCUUUAGGAAACGCAUUUCAGCAAGAAGCAAUUCUGGAAAUACGACAAGUCCUAGACGAGCACAACAAGAGGAAGAGGCCUCUUGACAGCGCCAUUGAAAGAAAUGGAAAACUUGUUACUGCUAACUGGAGUGAACAGCUCAAGAUAAAAAAGAAAUUAGUUGGACUGACCAGAGAACACGAGGCCCUGUUCAACUUUGUGGAAAACAACAGACAAAUCUGCACUGAGAAAGAAAAACAAAAGAUGCUUAACAGGCUGACUAAGUCAGCAGAGAUGCAGACGCGGGUGGAUGAGGAGUACUUUAACAUCAACAUGGAGGGUCAACAGAUGAGACUAAAGUGGGAAAACACGUUGAAAACCUGCUACCAGAUCAUACAGGAGCUGGAGAAACAGCGGAUCGAAGUUCUGUGCAACAUUUUGGGCAGAUACAACCUCCACAUGUCCGGCUGCGGGCAGACCCUCAAGCAUGGUCAAAAACAGAUAGAGCAGGCGGUGCAGCGGGUGGACGUGGAUAAAGACAUACAAAAGCUGCUGGAGGAAAACAGCAUCCCAGCACAAGACAACAAAGCAGAGUUUUUGAUGGCUGAUUAUUUUGAGGAAGACAGCAAAUCACUGAUGGGCAAAGACAGAAGAAGAGACGCCAUCAAGCUCAAACUCCAGCGUCUGGAGGACACCAUCGCCAAAACAAAGAAAGACUGCGAGGGAAUUGAAAAGCUGAUAAAAACAUACUCUGAAAAUCCAUCUUUUUCCAACCAAAAGAACCUUGAGGAAACCGAACAGCAGCUCGACGAGAGCACUCUAAAACUGGAUCUACUCGAGGCCACUCACUACAAACUCUCUGUAUCACUGUCUGAAUUAGACGGAAAGCCCAAGUCACUCCACCGAUUCAGUAGCAGCAUUUUGAAAUGGAAAGAUAAGGACUGUGAGCACAGCGUCGUUCAGCUGACUCGUCCAGUCAAACUCAGGAGGACGCCAUUCAGGUCCCGACAGUCGCUGAGAGCGUCCAUCAUUUACAAAGGACCGGCUCAGUUUGGAGCACAGCAGUCUGUGGAGCCUCCACCAAAUGUCACUGACCAGGAAACCUCCACAGCUGCCACACAGGAAACUGUAGCAGUGGAGUGUGACAGCACCGUUAACGGAGCGCUGCCUCACACAGACAACGACGACGACAAAGGACAAGACCAAACAACACCAGAGCUGUGCAGUAUAGGAAAAUGCAAGGCCCUGUACGACUUCACACCUGAACACGACGAUGAGUUGACUCUGAAAGAAGGAGAUCUUCUAGAUAUUUAUUCAAAGGAAGAAAACGGUUGGUGGUUUGGCACUCUUAAUGGACAGACAGGCCAUUUCCCUUCAACCUAUGUGGAAGAGCUGCCUGUUUUAGACAGCGUUAAAUCAUCUGACGCCUGACUGACUCGACUGAUUAACAGCAGAAAUGCAAAACUCACUGUGAUUCAAGAAGAUUCCUAAAUUCUGCAGUGCUGACACUGCACACACACACACAAAAGAAAAUACUUCUAUGUAUACACCAACAAUGUCAUUCAAUUUAAUGCAUCUGCUGACAAUCAGGAUCUGUGAUUCUAUUUUUUGCUGUGCUCUUGUUACUUGCUCUAAGGAUUUAUCCACUAAACUUUUAUACCCAAAUAAUUAUUUACAUUAUUUAUACUGCAAUGUGUACAGACAAACUCGGCUACUGAGAAUAUUUUAAAAAUGCAUACUUUAUUACAUCAAUGUGACUGACAGGAAAAUGAAACUGUUCUUUGAUAUCCCUACCAUCUGUAAAAUGAGUAACGAUGACAAAAAAAAAAUAAAACUGUUUACAUCAA